AACAGAACGAACAGAGGAGCUCAAGAUUGACGAGGGCCGCACUCUACAGGAAAGCAAGACAAGAUGAUCCAGCAAGCCCUUGCGUUGAUGCUCCAGCGCUUGCUGGGAAAAUUCCUUACGCUAGAUUCAUCACAACUGAACCUGAGCAUUUGGGACGGCGACCUCACCUUCAAGAACAUCCAAUUGAAACUCGGGUACGGACGGGGCGAUGUUGGCGAACUUCAGAUUCAAGUGCCCUGGCGAUCACUGUGGAGCCAACCGGUGGUGAUAAAGGCCCAACACAUUCGAAUCUAUGCACAUGCAAACUCUGAACCACCAGACGGAACGACACAGCAGACUGCCGCUCCCGCAGCAACAGACGAACAGGACAAAACAUACUUGUCGAAGCUGCUUGCAUGCAUCGUGGGGAAUGUUCAAAUUGAACUCGACGACAUUGUAAUCCAAUACGAAUGCAAUGACGAAGUCCGAGACAAGGCUGCAGGGUACGCCGUGUGCUCGAUUGAUCGCGUCGAGCUUCAAAACGUUGGAGGAGAUUGGGUACCGACGUUUGUCGACCCAAAUCAAGGCGGGAAUGUCUCACGCAAGCGGCUGCAAAUUUACGGCAUUUCGUCGUACGUCGUCUUGUAUUCAGAUAUGUCCCGGUACUACUUUCUGCAUAACUGGUCCAGCGACAUCAAGGUGACACUGUCAUACCAAAGCGCGAGUGCCACUGUGCCGGACGUCGACGUUCAACUGGGCUUUUCCUCGAAGACAACGUCAGCACUAUCCUGCAAAUCGUGUGCAAAAUCGACGGCUACGGCAAAUCAUUUGCCAGUGCAUAUCGAAUAUGCUCACAUCGACGUCUUGAGUGCGAUUUUGGGUGAAGUGAAGGCCCCGUUUGACCAGUACGGUCAAUUUUCCAAGCUUACCCCGAGCAAAGUCCAAGGGUUUGCUUUGGUGCUAACGUAUGCGAAGCAGUGGUUGCUCUCAGAUUGCAUCGACGAUUCGUCCAACGGCAAGACAUCCUACAGCGACGAUGACGAAGACGACGUGUUUGAAGACGCCAUCGCCCCCCCAAGUCUGAGCGUUCGGAUGGCUCUGGAAACUCCCCUCGAGAUAUCAGUGAUUCCCCGAGAUGCUGUUGCCAACCUUCACUGGUCCAGCUUUGUUGAUGGCGUUCAAUUUCAAUGGCGACAAACGUGUGUGGAGACAGAGAUUCAAGUGGGGAUUUGCUCUAUUCUGGUACAAGAAAUUGACGACGAACGCCAAGACUUUAUCGUACAGCACCGCGUUGUGGACUCUACCCCAUGCAUUCAAUUUUCAUGCACGCUGCCCGAAUUGGAAAGUCUCCGUGUUGGGGCACCUACGCGUGUGACGUGCUGGAUGGACAAUGCGCUGACGAUUAAACUGAGCGACAAGUGUGUCACCGAGUGGGGUGUAUUAGCGUCACCUCUCUGGGAAUGGUACGAGACGUGGGACCAGCAACAGCCAACUGUAGCGCAAAAUCAAUCGACCACAAACGAGACAGAGUCUCUGGUUGUGUUUGACAUUCGACUGAACUCAUUGAAGGCCACUGUCAACGUCACGCCGUCGUUUUUUUUGGGAGCACAAGUGGAUUCGCUUUCGUUUCAAACCAAUUCCUCAGACACGGACAUGACCACGACGAUGGCUGUGACGACAUUUGACGUAUUCUCGAGCCAAAGCACGAUGCUUUCCCUUGAAUACAUCUCGGCAACGCUCAUUAGACGGAGCCACCUGAAGACGGACGGAGCGUGCCGCUGCAACCACAUGUUUUCCAACGUACAGUCGGUUCCGACCAUUCGAUCGUCCAACUCGAACGGAUUUGGUUUACGCUUUUCGAAGAAUAUGGACGAGUACUCGCUCUACUCUUUCAUAGCAAAGCUGCCAUCCAUACAUCUGAGCGUAAACGAGACGGAGUACGUGCACAUGAUGGCUCUCAGUGGAAUGGCCAGUCGAUUACUUGGAGUUUCACUCCCCCAAGAAACGCCUUCAACUCUGUCGACAACACCCAACGCGCCUCAAUUAUGCUGGCUAGCAAUGGAAGUGACAGUGCCUGAUGUCGUGCUGUCCCUUAGACCAUGGGGAGAAGUUGUCGUGAAAGAUGUGGCAUACACAAGUACAUCGUGCACAAGAGUCACUAUGACGACGACGUCAAUUGGUGCGCUCACAGUGUCGGACUUGCGCAAUCCGCACAUUCAAGUGCUGUCACUGCACGAGGGGCUCACGAUCGAUCAGGCCAGUUGUCCGCGUUCAGCAUUUGAGUUUUCAAACACGUUGAAUCUGAACGACAAGGACGCCAACCUUUUUCACAUCGCCGUACCGGAACGAAUCCAAUGUUCCAUAUCGGACAACUUCAUCAAGUCUGCUAUGCAGUGGAUUACAAAAGGGAAGUUGCACGUGUCACUGUCGAGUGGAAUCACUUCACCGACAAACCCCCGAAGAGAACGGAGCACUUCAUUUGUACCACGGGAUAUCACUCAAUGCUUGUCUGAGUCCAGUGUGUGGCUCGGUCAAGGCUUCGUUUUGGACGUGUACCACGAAGACGUUGGAGACGUCCACCGAUGCAACAUUUGCGCCGACAAGAUGUUACAUCUUGCUUCGUGGAAAACCUCUUUUGCUACGUUCACGAGUCAGGGGUAUGGUUCAGCCUGCGAAGUCACCUCUGACGUACGCGGCACUUUGAAGAACCUCCAGUUGAACGAUUGUGCUCAUACCUCUACUGGAGUGGAGUUGUGCCACCGUGCUAUUGUGUCUGGAACGCGCGAUGACAAUAUGCAGCAUGUCGAUUUCAGAUUGGCUUGGACUCAAGACUCAAAUGGACCGAAAUUCUUGACCCAGGUCCGGUUAGACGCCGUCGCCAUGACGUAUUUGCUACGAGUGCACAAACAAUUGGAUUACUUCUGUCGACACCACUUGUACUAUGCGCUGUACGAGCCGCUCAGCUCCAUCGAGGUGGCAAGUGUGUAUGCGGAGUACACCAAAUCUAUACCGGCAUCGCCGACUAACGAAGAGUACCCUGAGAUUCGAUGGGAAGUUGUUGCCCACGACCUUUCGUUGUCACUGCCUCGAAACUCUUGCUCAAAUGAAUCAGUUGUCUUGCGUAGCAGUAGCGCCAAGUUUCAAUCUUCCCCAGAAGCGACAGAAUUCCUGAGAAGUGGAUUGUUUAUCGAUGAAGGAGUGGACGAUAUUUUCGUGGAGACUGUCUCACGGCGCCAAGAACUGCGACGACUGGAGUUGAGACACCUGCGACGGAUUGUGAAAAAUCAACGGGCUAAGCUUCUCGUGACCCAGGCAAGGCUUCACGCCGAUUACAAGACAGCGACGAGGGAAUCGCAGCGUUUUAUGCAUGGUGGGGGUCGAGUCGAAUCGCUUCUUCAAGCAGAGCAAGCGUGCUCAAUAUUGAAGGCCAAGUUGGAAUCUGUCGAUGAGCACUUGGAGGAGUUGCACGAUCACCUCAAGUUUAUUGAAUCAGAAAUUGAAGCGACAAAAGUAUCAGAGGACGAAGUCAAAGUCGUGGGUCGAUAUCGCAGCCGUUCUCUCGACCUCAUCCAGAAUUCUGUUGCGAAAAUACCUGAGUACACAGCAGGAUCUCUGUUUGGCGCUGAAGAUGCAGCGUUUCACGAUGCAGCCGACGAAGACGUGACAUUCUCGGCAACCCCAUGGCUAUCUUUUGAGUUGAUCGGGCUCAGCGGGUGGACAGUCGAUCCUGUUUCGGGAGGGUUCGACACGAAACACCCCAUAUUUCAACAGGCGAUGGCAGAGUGCACUAUUGAUUUUCAGAAUAUACUGCACGACGCAAACGUAGCGUACUCGGUCCAAAAUAUCGGCAUUCGGUUCAAUGAAUGGAGCCUUGAAUUGCUUGAGUACCAGUAUGGUACAAUUAUCGGCAUGAUCUACGAAAAUUUCAAAGAAGCCAACAACAUUGUAAGUGAAAACCUGUGGUCGCGAUGUGCAUCUUGCGGUGGAUUCCACGACGACAGUGCGGUAUGCAACGUGGAUUGGCUCCGUGUGACAAUUGAUGUCUUGGAUGCCAGCCUCACCUUGCACAAAACCUAUUCUACUCCUGAGACGUCAACCAAGAUGGACCUCGAACAGCUCAGUAUUCAGGUCGCUAUGAAGACGAGCGACGAGCUCGACAUUGAUGUGUCCGUUAUGUCGCUCAACGUCUCGGACGUGCACGAACUAAUCCAAGACUACAUCAAACCAACCCAAUCGAUUCGUGACGUUCCCCAGGUCCGCUUGGCGUCCACAUCGACCUACACCGACUCAAAAUAUACUGUUCAAGUGGGCCAUUCGCACAUUGUGAUCUUGCCCAAGUCGCUGCAAAUUCUCUCGAGCUUUUUCACAUGGCCCUUUUGGAUGGCCGAGGACAAGGAUGAAACCGUGUUUGUCGCUGGCCCAGUGGUUGAGUGGGAAAUCAUGGAAGUUGCUGUGAUUUUCGACAAAGCUUGCUGCUUCUAUCUCUUGGAGAACUUUGCUAAGGUGGACACGCGCGCACUCGUUCUCAUGUCGGAGAUCAAACUCGACUACACGUGGUCUCAAAGCGCUCCUGACAAGACUAGCUCAACCAAGUUUGACUUGGCAAUGCAGCCUCGCGGCCUCUACUUUUCCACCUUGCCGGACUUGGCAGUGGAUGUGGACUUUCCCCUCAUGAACUCUUUUACGUUUCAGUACAUGCACUUGAUGGAGUACGUGCUCGAGCCGUCGCUUCAAGCGACUCAACGAUACGCCCUUUCCCUGUAUGCAGAGCAAAGCAACAUUCACGCCAUUCCUGUGGAAGCCCGCUUGUCCGUGCAGGAUUUUUUGCUGCUCGCGAACAUUGGCCACAACUACGCCAACACCAAAGCGAACAGUGUGUGCGGCCCCGAACUCACCACUGUUGUCGAAACACCUCGUGUUCUGAGCGAUAAAUUCUUGGCCGACAUUGGAGGGCUUCGCGUCGUCAUGGUGAACAACAGCCUCGGCGUCCCGAUCCUGGACGUGGUCAUGUCUGAAAUUGGAUGCGAAUACGAAAACACCGGCGACGCCGUUAUGAUUGUGGGCGGCAUUUUUCGCUGCAACUACUUCAAUAACAGCAUUUAUCGAUGGGAACCGCUCAUCGAACCAUUUAAGAUUCAGAGCGACAUUGUGCUGUCCAAAUCCCUCACGAUGCAGCUGAACUUUCCGUUUGCAUUCAACUUCAACUUGACACCGGCGAUGACCCCAAUCUUGUUCAUGGACAACUUGCUCUUGACUGACGACAUUGUCGCCAGUGGUGCCAAGGUCACGACGCCAUUUUGGCUGAAGAACAGUCUCGGGACCAGCGUCAAGUUUAGUUUUGCACACGGCCAAACGUUUAUCCAAGACACCGUCGAGCAUUCUCAAGUCGUUCCCAUAGAUUGCCGUGACAAAGUAACCCAUCUGCGCUCAUUCGACAAGGCCAGUGAGCUAGAUGCGUUGCUGUACCAGAAAAACUCGCUCACGGCGCAACAUUCUUUAUUCAUUUGGGUAACUGGGUCCAUGUGGAUGAGCGCCCACCCAGUGACAGUGGAUGUUGUGGGCCAUAUCUCGAUCUGCUUAAAACUCAAGGACGACGCCACCGCUCCGCCCGAUGAAAACGUUCCAUGCCCAGUCAUUGCUGCCGAGAUUAGCUUACAAGAAGAUGGGAGUAAGCUGAUCCACAUUCACUCGCAGGUGCUCAUUGCAAACGAAACAUCGUUGCCGUUGAUCGUAUGGGGAUAUGCUCCACCCGGCAUGAUCGAAGAGUGGAUUGUCGACCGCGAGUCGACGUCUUACGUCCCCCUCCAUCUCAUCCACCCUGAAGCGCGGUUGAGUGUUCGUCCGUCCCUCGAUACUGACUACGCGCCACUUGCGUCCACGUUUGGAGAGUUUGAUAUGGAUAUCAAGUCGUCUCAGUUAAGCUUCGACACUCAACGGAAGCGCUUCAUUCGGACGGGAACUUGUAUAUGCAAGCACAAACCGAACGAUUCGACAUCGGCCGUCAUGGCCAUGCAACUGUUGCCUGGAAUGGUUGUGCGCGAACUGCCCCCGUGGCAUUGUGUGUUUGAUGUGGAAGCGUUUGCGUUGAUCAACACAGCUGUCGAUUCCAGUGCGACUACCUUGCGUCGUGGGUCAACGACAGUGGCAGCGGACUCAGAAGAAGACGACAUUGAUGUUUUCGAAGCACUGUUAAAACUAGAAGACGAGGAGAGCAGCACCCUUGCAAAGUCUCAACCGGUUGUCGAUGUGUUGGAGGAAGCAAAGCAAGCCAAGCACGUCCAAGGCAUGAAGUUGGAGCACUUUGCACACGUAUUGACUCUAAAGCCUUGCCUAACGCUGCACAACAGACUGGCGUGCCCAGUUGCGUACCGCAUUUUGGAGCAAUCUUUGCAGCUCGUUGCAGAAGGCAUUUUGGGGGUAGGGGCCAUCCUUCCGCUGUUCCAGAUCAAUCUGCACGAAGAAAUUUUUGUGUCAUAUCGCCUGGAAAAUUACAACUGGAGCGAACCAGUGACGAUGGUGCAUCCGAAGCAUUGCCCACUUCCAUACAAGGAAUCAAUUCUAAGCAUUCGAAUCACAGGGAGAACCUUUCCUGAUGCGGCGAAUUACAAGAACGCCCAAGUCCCAGAACUGCAAUUGAAGUUAAAGCGACGAGAUCGAGAUGUUAUUGUGUACAGUCCGCUGUGGAUUGUAAAUCACGCGGGCAUGCCAUUGGAAUACUGUGAUGCCUUGAGCCGGAAAUCCUUGGAAACUGCGUUAACAUUUGUCCACAACCGGCCAGCCUCGCUGGCCAGCACAUGCUUUGUUCGGCGGCAGACGACGUUAACGUCACCCAUGGCAGUGCCAGAAGACUUUCAUUUGUUUGAAAAGUCCGCGUCAAUUGUUCCCGUGGCCAUCUACGUCGUCGUCAAGGAAGCCCGGAACUUGAUCAAUUCACACAAAUUCGUUGGUACGCAAAACCCGUACAUCCGUGCGUCGCUCUUUAUCCCGAAGCAAACGAAGAACGAAGACCUGGUCGACAGUCUAUUUUGUUUUGCAAUGACCAGAGCGCACAUCGGUGGGGGCCAAAACCCGAAAUUCAAGAUGAACAACACCAUGUACCUUCCCUUUCCGGAAGAGCUUGGAACGUAUCAGCUCCAGUUUGCCCGUAUUGUGGUCGAAGUCCGAUCUGUAUGGUAUGGCUCUGAAUCUUUGUUAGGCAUCGUGACACUUCCGUUGUCUGAAGUCAUGUCAAACCGCGAUGUGUAUGCCGGAUUUCAAUGGCACGAACUCGUGAAGAAGAAAUCUUCGUCAAAAAAGGGCCCUGCUGAAGCCGUGUCGGCAGGUCAAGUUGAGAUGUCCAUCACACUCGCAACGAAACACUUUAUUGAGAACCACGCCGAAUCCGAUAACAUGUGGGGAACAGUUUUGACGACGCCACGCCAACAAAUGCGCAAAUCGCUUCAGUCACAUGGAGACACCGCGUACAACCUCACCGUGUACCUUCCAACGAACCGGUUUACGUCCGUGGAGGUCUCGGUCCUUCCAAGCACGACAGUCAUGGAGAUUGUUAAAAAGGUAGCAAACCUUGGAGGAUUUAUCAUGGCGCCGGAUGACUACAUCUUGGUGGAACUCCUCUUGCCACGGUUUGUGUCGCUGCGAAGUGCUGGACGACCUGAGGCCGAGCGUUGGUUCGGGUCUGUCUUGACGGACAAGCUUAGCCCUAUUCAAGUACUAGGCAAGAAAUUUGGAGUUCACUUGUGCCACCGCAGCAUAUUCAACACUAUCCGACUUUACGAUGAAAGCAGCACGGCCAGUAUCCACCACACAACCCCUCGAUCUCUCUUGCAGCACCGCCAACCUGCUCAAAACAUUCCAGUCGAGUGGGCCGAAGCAAUCAAUUUUGGAUCCAAAUCGGGGUCCUCGUGGGAUUCUCUGAGAGUGAAAACGUUCAAAUCAGGGUGGUCAGAUGCAGUUCGUAUUCAUAGGAACGCGCUUGGCAACUCUGGCGUCGCGCAACUGCUGACGUUGGUCGAAGAAAACGAGCAAUCACGGCUGAACCCGAGCAAACAAAUUGAACUUGCGUUGUGGAGUUCGUACGGACCGGGAGCAUUCAGUGAAACAAUUGUGACAACCAUCGUGCCGCGCUACGUCCUGAUUAAUCAAACGUCUCACCCGCUAUGGUACCGACAGCACAACUGCCACAUCGUCAUGACGUUGCAUGUCAACGACAUGAAACCAUUUCACUGGGACAAAGCAGACGAGCAAAAGAAGCGAAUUGAAGUUACGUUUGCUGAAGGUGAAAUGGACUGGUCAGGACCAUUCACAAUUCAUUCCCUUGGCUCGAUAUAUCUCAAACUGCGGGGCAAGUCCAACGUGCACAGCAUUUACAUCUUGCAAGCCCAACUUGACAUGGUUGGCGGGUCAAUUGUUUGCGUAUUUCGAGACGAAAGCAAGCGAUGGCCGCCGUACCGGAUCGACAACUUUACGUCGUUCCGUCUUCAAUUCCACCAGACGCACUGGAACAAAGACGUGUGGGACGAAGUGCAACCUCGCAGCUCGGUCCCAUAUUCAUGGGACAACCAUGAGGGCCGUCAAGUAAUUUCGGCCGACGGAAAUCAAACCCUGGUACUGGAACGAUACCUGGACGUGCGCUUCAUGCAAGUGUCAUCGUCUUUGGCGCUGGAUGUGAGCAAUGCCGUUGUGGACACGAAGGAGUACAACUUAGACAUGAUGCAAAAACACAAACGUAUCCAACUCACGCGGUCGCUUCCAGCAUCACUCUUUGACGGGUGUCCGGUGCAAGGGGCGUUGCUGAAGAAGGACAACGCGAUCAACUGGAGCAAGCGGUACUUCCGUCUACAUGACCACAUGGUGUAUUAUUUCAUGACAGAAAAUGAUCACGCAUUGCGUGGUGUCAUUGAUUUGGGAGUGAAUCAAUUGGCAAACGAAAGUGCAGUGCUUUACUUGAAGGGCUGGUCGAAGCAGCGCUACAAGCAGACUCAGUUUACCAAAGUGGCGAACCCGUUGCAAAGUAUGGCGAAAAGUAUCACAGAGACUCUCUUUGGCGAAGAAGCGAAACCCUCCGAUGCUCCUUCCUCGCAACACUGCGAGGAAUACUUCUUGUGGAUUGGGACCCUCAUCCGCAUGUCUGACAUGAUGGUGACGAAAGCUACUCAGUGGCUCCAAGCAUUGACAUUAAACGGGACGGAAUUGUCGCCGUCCCAGCUGUUCCUCGCCUCUGGCACGGAUGUGGUGCAAUUUUUGCUACUCGAGCAACUGGCCAGUAACGUGUCGUCAAGCUUGGAUAUUGCCCAACAACUCCUGUACUAUGGAGUCCUGGGCCUGUGGAAUCCACCUCCAGACAUUGACUUCGACAACAUUCAGUUCGAAAGUGGUGGGACGUUGUAUCGCGUGCUGACACCCACUCCCGCCGCUCCUUCGUCACGCGAAUUUUCGAUCAGCACCCCAGGCAAAACGUAUCACUUGCGGGCAGACUCCCCCGAAGAUGCAGCUGUGUGGUGCCGCAGCAUUCGUGAUGCCAUCAUCCAUGCUAUGCACAAAGCCCACACGGUAAAUAACUCCCACGCCCACGUCGACAAUGGUCAGCAGGAUUCGAAGACAACGACUAAAACUUACGUGUACGCUCGUGUGCGGGCGGACGGCCCGACCAAAGUGCUUGAGUUUACAGAAGGGGGCGAAGAAGAUGAAGAAUAUGGAAUGAUGCCUCUGGGCCAAAUCAGUCGCAUUGAAGAAUCCCCCACGGACACCAACGAGAAUGCGGUCGAGUGGCUCAAGAAUGUACAUUUGAGCGUCAAUCUCACAAGCAUUGGGCUCAGUUGCGUCAACGAAAAACCCAUGGAAUUGAUUUACAUGAGCUUGCAGGGCGUGGGACUCACGUUUGUCCGAAAUGAAAACAAGAUGCGCUUUGGCGUGACAUGGCAAGACAUUCAAGCCGACAAUCAAGUCCCAGAAGCAACUUUCCAAACAUUGCUGUGCUCCAAGCAACGUGAAGUUGCAGAUGAGUUACAGCAAGUGUGCAGAGACUGCGGGACGCCCCAAUACCAAGCAGCGUUUCACUUUUGCUGUGGAUGGAGCAAUGAGCAAGGAUCGACCGACUAUUUCGAGUACUGCUCCGUCUAUAUUGCGCCGAUUUUGCUUCAACUGGACGAAGAGCUUGUGUCGCUCAUCCGAGACUUCAUUGCUGCGGUAUUGCUGCAUCAAAAUGGCAUUCAUCGACGAGAGUUGAGUGAUACCAUUCAAAGCACCCCGUUUAUAAACACAAGUCAAGUGCAGGACGAUUUCAAAUUGGCAAUAGAAUGCGAAGAGCUCGACCCCCUCAACAGUUCCAGACUACUUGAAACGCACACAGUGUCAUCUUCCGAGCGCAAGGUGUACUUUGCUGUCUUGAACAUCCAUCCCGUCGAAUUGGACAUUACGUUCCGCAGCGACGUGAUUGGAGACCGCUUCAAGGACAGCGAACAGCUACUAGACGAUGAAGUCAACUUGGAAAAUGUCGCCGCAUGGAUUCCAAGUUUGAGCAUGCAUGUGCCCGAUUUGGAUAACGCCCCCAUUCGAUUAAACGCCCUCGUCGUCGAGCAUGCGUUUGGCACUAGCAGCGACGUCACGCGACGAGUGUCUAAAUACUACACACGUCAGCUGUGGAAGCAAGUGCACAAAGUGCUGGGGUCGUUUGACUUUUUGGGAAACCCAGCUGGCUUGCUAGAUCAUUUGGGCACAGCGGUGAGGGAUUUGAUUGUCGAACCGUUUGAAGGUGCACGGGCUGGAACUGGGAUUGCUGGCAGUGGGUUGGGCUUUGGAAAAGGAUUGGCCAAAGGCGCCACGAGCUUUGUGACCAAUUUCAUCGAUGGCACGUCGGACGCAACAUCGAAGGUGACCGGGACAUUUGGGCAAGGCUUAGCGACCAUGAGUUUGGACGGCCAUUACCAAAAAAUUCGCGCUAAAGCUCGACGACGGCAUGUUUAUGGAUUCAAGGAGGGAAUUAUUCAAGGAUCCAAGGAGCUUACGAUUGGUAUGGUCGAAGGUGUCACUGGCGUGGUGAUGAAUCCGCUUCGUGGAGCCCAAACUAACGGUCCGAUGGGUUUUCUCAAAGGCACAGUGACUGGUUUGCUUGGUUUACCAAUGAAACCUGUCGCGGGCGUGUUCGAUUUCGCAUCCCGGGCAACCCAAGGCAUUCGGAAUAGAUCGGUGCACCAUGGCCGUCGAGGGUACACCAAGUUUUUGCUUUAAAAGUGUGCUAACAGUUUGUCUAGACUGCGGCUUCCACGAGUGUUUGGUCGUUUCAACGAGCUCAAAUUUUACCGGGAAGAAGAUGUCGUGGCACACAUGCUUGUUCGCAAAACGGAGACAGACGAGAAGAUCAUUUAUCAUUCCCACUUGGACCAAAUGGUUCAUGUGCAUGAAUUGGCCGAAGAAGCGCGCGCGAGACAAUCGAUGGUGCCGCUGCAUCGUCAAGUGAUGAAAAUGCAGCGCUACGAGACGUCUCAAGAUGACGUGGAGCGUGGCAAGCGAGCCGUGUAUACCGUUGUGUUUACCAAAAAGAGUCUGGGUUUGGAGCUCGAAACGGACUUUUAUGGCGAGGCAGUCAUCAUCAAAAAUUGCUUGGAUCGAUCUUCCAUCCAAGAAGCGCAAACUACGAGCCGCGACGUCACGUCCAAGCUAUUGCAGGCUGGCGAUGUCCUGAUUCAACUGGGCGACGUAAAUGUUCGAAACAUUGGGUUCCGUGAAACGAUUGCCCUGAUCAAAGGGUCGAGUCGGCCAGUGACCCUCACGUUUGAGAGCUGCGACGUGUUUGACGACGACGACGAGUCCCCUGUCGACGUGAAGUACAUUUACUCACCCAACGCGGCGUCUGUCGCAACUGCUACGACACACCAGUCUCCACACUCUGCGUCGCUGAAAGUCCGACAAACUCACUGGGUGAUUAUCACUGACAAGCGUGUGCUGUACAUUCAACUGGACAGCGACAGCAUCCUGGACGAUGCGAUCUUGGAGUGGUCGGUUCCGUUGCGUUCGAUUCACUCGAUUGAAGUGCUAGAAGACGCGAUUCAGCUGCAUUUGCGAGUUGGUGUGAACAGCAUCUUCACCGGCCCACUCCGGCGACCUGAGUGGAAGCACGAAACUCCCCAUGCGGUGGAAACGAUGAAUGUAUUUUAUCAUGCGAUGAAGAAGAGCUUUCGCAUGAAUGCAGACCUGGCCGACGUCCAAGAAGUGUACCCUUCCGAUACGUCAUUUUCGAGCAUACUACGCGUCGCCGUCUCGGGCACGACCAAGCGGCGGCGGUGGUGCGUCUUGAGUCGCAACUGUUUGUACGUAUUUGCAAUGUAUCCUCGCAAGACAUUGCGGUUGGUGGUGCCACUUGGUCGGGUGGCGGUCACAAAAGACUCGGCGCUGUCGUGGAAGAUUCAAUGUGGCGUGCAAAACGAGACGAUACCGGUCCUGCAAGUGGAUGGUCCGUCCUUGUCGGAGAAAAUGGUGGCGGACCUGACGCUGAUCACGGAAAAGCCCGAGGAAGUCGAAAUGUGGAUGUCGGCGCUGCAACAUGCAGCCGGCAAGGGCAUGCGCCAUUCCAAAGGCACGCGUUUCUACGCGGCAACGGGAGCCACGAUGCUCUCCAUCGGGUGCAAAGAAACCAAAGCGUACGUGGUCGUCCAGCUCGUCGAUGCGUUGAAGAAAACCCUCGCGGUGUUCAAGGAAGGAUGAGGUGCACAAGCAAUCCAGACUAAUUAAUAUCCGAGUGCGCCACAUUGUCGCUAUUGCCUGGAUUUUGUUGAGUGCAUCAUGCAUCCAUUAGAGUGUACGUUGCCAGGCAUGACUCAUUGCUUGUUAAGCACACCCUGUCAAUGGUACAGACGAGUACACGUCAAGGCAGGAAUUAAGUCAGCCAACGGAGGGCCAUCGCAGUCG